GCUGUUUUAACUUAGCCAGCCCCUGCUUUUGGUAAACUGAGGAACCAAGCCAAAGAUACUGGUCCACAAUGACAGAGUCUCAGAAAUGUAAUUUCUUCCCUCAAGAGCCAUACUAUAUUCCUGGGUAUGCAGGGUUUUACCCCCAGAUUCGCUAUCAAGUUGGGAAGUCAUAUGGCAGAACUACCUCUCGACUACUGACAGACCCAGAGAUCCAAAGAAGUCCUUGCUCGGUGCUGGCACCACUAAGCAAGCCAAAGUUCAUUGAGGAUUUCAGCCGAAGGAGGAUCCCUGCAUAUGAGAUGAUGGAUCAGUACCAAAGUUACAUUCCUAGAUACACAGGCUUUGUUCCUUAUCAGAGUCACCCUCCUCUUCCAGACACAGAACCCAGGCCCCACAUACCAAGGACUGGGCCCCCACCUGCUCCCCAGCCAUGGCCCAAUGCCAAUUUGACACAACUAGUUGAACAGAGAAAAUACUCUCCGUGCCACCCUGGCAUCAGAUUGUCAUGCGGACCCGGUUGGAGGCAAUUUGCAGCCUCUGCUGGCACACAGUUGGUAUCAGAAGAGGGUGACCGGAAAAUGAUUUGCCACCCCGAUAUUCCACUGGUGUGCGGGCAAGAGACACAGGGGCCCUGCAACACAGACAUUGCUUUAUCAUGCGGGCAGGGCUGGAAGAGUGCACCUUUUCUCACUGGAACUGAUCAGCCAACCAGGAUUGAAGCAGUGCCUCUCCCACGGGUAACGAAGACAGUGGAUGUGAGCCGGUUUGGACGGACCCCCAAGCUAGAUGUGCCCAACCUUAUCCAACGUAAAGCCAUCUCAGGGUAUACUGGCUUCAUCCCCCGCUUCACCUGGGUUAUGGGAAUCAACUACCUGAAGGGAGUCAAAGAUGCUAUGAAUGAAUUUGACUGCAAUCAGGAAAAGAUUAGAAGCCCGCUGUACAGCUUUGGCAAGCGAUUUCCCUGUACCUACUGGCCCAAUACCAAGAUUUACAGCAGCAGAGGCCUGAUUCCAUUCUACACUGGGUUUGUGCCAACCAUCAGGCACAGCUAUGCUCUAACCUUUGGAAACAGCACCAGGAAAGCUUAUUACGAUGAACUACUGCAGAGACAACAAGCAGCGUGAAAAGGCUUUUAAUGUCU